AUGGGGGGCAACCAGUCAUGGGUCACAGAAUUCAUCCUGGUGGGGUUCCAGCUCAGUGAAGACCUUGAAGUGCUCCUCUUUUGUGUCUUCUCCCUGUUAUAUAUCUUCAACCUGCUGGCAAAUGGCAUGAUCUUGGGACUCAGUUGGCUAGACCUCAGACUGCACACCCCCAUGUAUUUCUUCCUUUCUCAUCUGGCUAUUAUUGACAUAUGCUAUGCUUCCAGCAAUUUGCCCAAUAUGCUGGAAAAUCUUAUAGUUUUGUUUGUGACUUUUGCUGCUGCAGAGUGCCUGAUUUUGGUAGUGAUGGCCUAUGACCGGUUUGUGGCAAUCUGCCAUCCACUCCAGUAUACUGUCAUCAUGAACUGGAGAGUGUGCACGGUCCUGGUCAUCGCUACCUGGGCCUGUGGGUUUUCCCUGGCCCUAGUACAUCUAAUUCUCUUUCUAAGGUUGACGUUCUGUGGGCCCCAGGAGGUGAACCACUUCUUCUGUGAAAUCCUAUCUGUCCUCAAAGUGGCCUGUGGUGAUACUUGGAUCAAUGAAGUUUUUGUUUUUGCUGGUGGGGUGUUUAUCUUAGUUGGGCCCCUUUCCCUGAUGUUGAUCUCCUACAUGCGCAUCCUCUGGGCCAUCCUGAAGAUCCAGACAAAGGAGGGGCGCAGAAAAGCCUUUUCCACCUGCUCCUCCCACUUCUGUGUGGUUGGAUUCUACUUUGGCAUAGCCAUGAUGGUUUAUUUGGUUCCAGACAGUAGUCAGCGUGAGGAUCAGCAGAAAAUCCUUACCCUAUUCUACACUCUCUUCAAUCCAUUGCUGAACCCCCUCAUCUACAGUAUAAGGAAUGCUCAGAUGAAGGCUGCCUUUGACAGAGCAUUGCAGAAAAAGAGGGGAAGAUAA